AUGACACAAGAAAGUAUUUCGAAUCUUGUCAAGGGCACCAUCUUCCUCUUUGUAACCACCCUUGGCAUUGUAGGGAACAUCAUUGUUUUUGUGAAUUUUGUAUGUAGUCUUUGGAGAGGUGCUCAGAAGAAAUCUGUACAUCUUAUUCUCAUCCACUUGGCUUUUGCAAAUACUAUAAUACUUCUUUCCAAAGGAUUGCUAAGAGCAAUAACAGCUUUUGGUUUAAGAAACUUCCUGGAUGAUAUAGGCUGUAAGAUAGUUGUUUAUCUGGAGAGGGUGGCCCGGGACUUUUCCAUCUGCACCAGCACUCUCCUCACUGUGGUCCAGGCCAUCACCAUCAGUCCCAGAGGCUCUGUGUGCUGGAGAUUCAAGCCAAAGACUCCAAGGAAAAUUCUUCCCGUGUUUCUCUUCUUUUGGAUCCUUAGUUCCUCUAGUAGCAUCAACUUGCUUCAUUACAUCACAAGUAGCAGGAAAAACAUGUCAGAAGCUGCUAAAACUAACAAUUAUUGUUCUUUUCAACCAGAAAGUCAGGAAAUAAAAUGGAUACUUCUUAUUCUAAUGGCCAUACACAGUGUCAUGUUUCAGGGUAUCAUGGGUGGGGCCAGUGGCUACAUGCUAUUUCUUCUCCACAAACAUCACCAGCGUGUUCUCUACCUUCAGAGCUCUCACCUUCAUAAAAGUCUUCCUGAAAUGAGAGCUGCUCAGAGUGUUCUCCUUCUGAUGUUCUGUUUUCUUUUCUUCUAUUGGACAGAUUACAUUUUUUCUUUCUUUUCAAAUUCUUUCUUACAGAAUAAUUCUAUGAUGUUAAAUGUCCAAGAAUUUUUGACCAUCGGUUAUGCAUUUCUCAGUCCCUUUGUGCUGAUUCACAGAGAGGGAAAUCUGGAUAGUUGCAAGCCUUGGAGGAGACAAAGGCAUUAA